GCGGGUAGACCGCCUUGUUAUAAAUUUGGGCUUCUCUGACCGCGCCUUCCAAAGAAAGCCAUCGCCGACCCCUUCACGCCCAAAAAAAAUCCAAACACGCCAUUAACAUUACCAACGCCACCAUAGCCUCCGAGCUCUGCAACCCAAAAAAUAUCAAACCAAAGAAGCUAACAAGAACCCAAUUCAAACUCAUAUUCAUCGCCGGUGAGAGCUAAAGCCCACGCCUUGCUUAUAAUUUCGGUUCAAGUUCAUCGGCGAGCUUCGUCUUUUCAUCAAAGAAUUGGGUGCCAAGACUCUGGUGUUAACUCGACUGUGAAGAAAUGGGUGCGAUAGCUCGGCCGAGUUGAUUCAGUAGACAAAGCAGGGGUCAGACAAGUGUUUCACAUGCUGAGAAUUAUUUUCACCAUCUUUGUGAAAUAACAUAGCUCAACAAUUCUUUCUCUGUCAAAGUCAAGUCUGGAGGAAGAACUGCCCUGAUGUUGACGAUUUCAAUUCACAAGCCUAUGCUGUUGAGAUAUUCCCAUGUCAGAAUUAGAAGUCAUCAAAAGUUUCACAAGAUUGAUCCCGUUCCAUUCGUGAAAAUGGAGGCAAAGUCCUCCCAAACGAGGAAGAUGGAAGAACUGUCAGUAAAGCAUCCAACACCAUUUAUUCCUAAGUUGGAACCAUCAGGGGAGCCUGAUCUACAAUUUGACCGGCUGCAAACAUCAGAUCAAGAUUUAGUUCAAGAGAAAAAGUUUGAAUUUGGACGAUUUAUUGCACGAGAGGCCAUCCUUGAUGAAGAAUUGUGGACAGCAGCAUGGUUACGUGCAGAAAGUCACUGGGAGGAUCGGGCAAAUGACCGAUUUGCUGACAGCUACAAAAGGAAAUUUACAGAUCAGGAAUUUAAUGCUAUAAAAAGAAGAAGUAAAGGGGAAUAUGGGCAGAAAUGCUCAUGCAUUAUCACGGUGAGGAAGGAAUCAAAGAAUGUGAAAUGCACUGUUGUGAAAAGUGUAGUUGGAACACUUGAUUUGAGCAUCCGGUACUUGUUGGAUGGAGAGACCUUUCCAGGGGAGCGGGAAAAGGCUCCUCCCUUUUGCAGCAUCAACAGAACGCAGUCAAAUAGAUAUGGUUAUAUUUCAAACUUAUGCGUCUCCAAAGCAGCACGUUGCCAGGGUAUUGCAAGCAGUAUGAUGCAUUUUGCUAUUAGAUUAGCAUUGUUAGAGGGUGCAAAACAGGUUUAUGUGCACGUGCAUAGAAAGAACGAACCAGCGCAGGAACUGUACCGAAAGAUGGGCUUUGAGAUGGUUGAAAAGGCGAGCUCUCAAUUAGAAGAAGAGCAAACUUAUUUGCUUCGUUUCAAGACCUGAAAGCAGCUUAUUCAACUCACAUUCAUUCAUGAUUCUUUUGUUCUUGGAAUUAAACAACUACUGUAGAAUGCUUGUGUCUACAUGUGACAUGAGUUAGGUCAAAAUCCAAAAAUCUCACUUACUGUACAAAGAGACGACCCUGCAAAGGUUUUUGGUAUAGAAUGCACUUGUCGCUCCUUGUUCAACAAAAAUACGGUGAAAUGAAAAAAUAUUAUGCAGUCCAAUUCUCA